AUGGAGCCCUUACCACAGAAUCCUCUCCCAGAUCCAGCUCCUCUUCCCCAAACUCCCAAGACAAAGCAGGCUAAUGGUCCACCUGUUGUCGAGAGCACUCCUACGAGUAAGAAAUACGCCAGCCACGCUGAGGACGAAGUUCCCCAACGUGCCUCUGUCGUCAACAAGUUCCUCGAAGAUGAUAUCGGCGACAGUGUUGUGUUGUCUCUCGAUGACUUCGCGACCCUCAUCCUCGAACUUCCGGUUGAUUGGAAGGUCAAGGAGGAAAUUGCGCUGCAGCUCGACAGCGAUGCGGUGAAAGACGCAUUCGAAGCAUAUCUGUCGGUAGCGAUAGGUGUGGCAGAAGCGGAAGGGAAAAAGCGAAAGGGUGCUGCAGGACACGAGACGCAGCUGUAUCGACCCCUUGCAAAUCUCUUGAACGUUUUGAAAGACUCGGAUGGGGAAGGCCGCUUAGAUAGUGACAUAGACGAGAAAAUCUUCUAUGUCCAAGAUCCUCGUCCAGUAUUGGGUUCGCGAAUAGAGAGGAAGCCAGAUCUGGGAGGUAUUUACAUUCAGCUUCUGAAUCUCAGUGAAGACCAGGAACUAUCGGAUUAUCUUGAAAAGAAGAAGAAGAUUGUCGGUGUGUUUUGGGGACUGUUGCUGUACUUUGUGGAGGUCAAGCACCGAAAAGGGAAUUUCAUUGGAAUGAGCAUCCGUAAAGCAGCAAUACGCCCGGGUCCUUCGUCCCGCGCGCAAUCAGAUACAAUGCCCUCUAUAGCAUAUAUAGUAUCCCAGUCUGUCUCCUCUACUCCUCUCACCUCUACACCCGCCAGCUUUGAAGACGAACCUCUACUCGAGGACACCAUUCAAGCUAUUGGUGGCACAAAAAAGACAACGGAGGUCGUGACAUCGCAGGAGUACGCACGGAGAGCCGAGGCUGAGUUACGAGCAGAGCAAAAGAUGUCCUCGACGCAGGGACAGCGCCACACAAGAAUCCAAUGCGCAAGUUACGCUAAGGAGAUGCUCUCGAAUGGAUUUAUUCGCAAUCACGCAAUGGGGAUCACGGCUGAUGAUAGCGGAUUUCGGUUUCAAUAUUACGAUCGUUCCAAGGUCGUCGAGAGCCAGCCAUUCCACAUCUUGAACGACGAGUCGAAGACGCUCCUCAUGGCUAUGGUCUGUCAGCUGAACAAACUUUCCACGGAAAAACUUGGAUUCAUCCCCAACUUGGACUUGAACGAAUUUGAUCACCUACGGAAUCCAGAACAGUUAACGUUCAAUUUCAAAGAUGAUCCGUCAACUUUAGUCGGUGCUACCUAUACUUUUACUGGGAGCGAUGGUCGCAGGCGAAGAAUCAGAAUAACGAAAGUCCUCUAUCGAGCGGAGGGCAUCAUUGGUCGAUGUUCGAUUGUUGUUGAGGUGGUGUGUCUUUGUGAGGAAGCUGAUUGUGUCUGGCAUGAAGAGGGGCAUCAGAAGACGAGGGUGAUGAAGAUCAGCUUCCCAAGCAAGACUCGGCCGUGCGAAGAUGGACUGAUAGGGGAAGCAAGGUCGAAAGCAGAAUCGUCUGGUCAACGUUGGGCACUCAACCAUCUUCCGGAAGUUAUCGACUCUAUCACAUUCCCUUACCACGAACACACCACGGUUCAAGGUCGUUUGAAGAAGCAUCUCAAAGAUGACUAUGAGGAACGAGUAAUGCGCGUUACGUUUUUGGAGAAGCUUCACCCACUUUCAGAGUUGACAGACCCGAGAGAUUUCGCGCAAGUGUUUUAUGAUAUUCUUCAAAUUCACCAGUGGCUUUAUGAAUGCGUGGGGAUUCUCCAUCGUGAUCUCAGCUCCGGGAAUAUCAUGUUUAGACGCAUAAAUGGCAAGAUAUACGGUGUAUUGAACGAUUUUGACCUUUCCUCUCGCGUCAGAGAUAUGGAUAAUGGUCCAACUUCCAACCAACGCACUGGUACCAGACCGUUUAUGUCACUCGAUCUGCUGAAUCCCAAUUGGGAGAGUGGCCACCUUUACCGACACGAUCUAGAAUCUCUAUUUUACAUCAUGCUUUGCCUUUCCUGCCGUUAUGAAAAACCCGGUGUGUCUGCUGUUGAGGAGCCACGACCGUACUCCGAAUGGUUCAGCGGAACCGAUAAAGAUGUUUACAAAGACAAAUGCGCUUUCCUUCUCGAUUUCCCUGCCCAAAGUCUCUCCAUUCAGCCUUACUUUGCCGGUUUUAAACGAUGGUUGCGGAACAUCUAUCGUCAAUUACGUGGUGGAUAUAGGCAACGUCCAGACUCUAAUAACUCGUCGACAUCGGAGGAACAUUCAGAAGAAGAGUCAGAAGACGAAGACUCGGAAUUUUUGGACAAUGAUAACGAUCUGAAUUUUGAUUGGAAUACCUUGAAUAAACAUGUCUCUUAUGCCCGAAUGCGGUCCGUAAUGUCCUCGUUCAAAGGAAAAAUUCUGCAGACUCGGUGGGUAGGAAACCCGGAUCAUUAA